AUGAAUAUUGCUUCCGAUUUGGCAAAGGAAAUAAGUAGAAUUGUCAAGGAAAAAACUGAUGUUGUUGUUGAAAAUUGUGUAGGUGAAGGUCCAUAUGUCAACUUCUUCUAUCAACCUGCUCACUUAGGAAAAGCUAUAGAAGAGGUUCACAAUGGAAAUUUCCUUUCCGUUAGAGAAUCAAAGAAUGAAAAUGUCAUGAUCGAAUAUUCUCAACCAAAUACUCACAAGACCUUCCACGUUGGUCACAUGAGAAAUGCAGCUCUUGGUAAUUCACUUGUUUUGUUAUACGAAUGGUGUGGUUACAAUGUACACGCUGUCAAUUAUAUUGGUGAUGUUGUUGAUAAGCAAGGUGUUAUCUCACAAGGUUUCAUUUUGAGUCAAGCUGAACUGGGUAGCUCUGAAAAUAAGGAAAAGAUUCACAUUUUCCCUGCUGAUUCACCAGUUGGUAUUGAACUCACCGAAUUGGGAAGAAAGGCAGACUGUAAUGUUGAUGCUUCUAUUAACAUUGGUCAAGAAUUCAAGAAGAGAGAAUCACAAUGUAAGACUCUCUUGAGAGCUAUGGAAGAUCACAAGAAGAAUAUUUCCAUGUUGUGGGAAAUCACUAGAACUUGGUCAAUUGAAGACUUUAAAUCUAUUUAUAAGUGGAGUGACUGUAGAUUCGACCACUUCUUCCAUGAAUCUGAUGUUGGUGAUGAAAGUAAGGAAAUUGUUCUUAAGGCCUACGAAGAAGGUAAACUUAUCAAAUCUGAUGGUGCUAUUGGCGCUGAUUUGGGUAAGCUUGGUUUCUGUGUUUUGUUGACUUCUGCUGGUACUGGUUUGUACGCUACUAAGGAUUUGGCUCUUGCUAAGAGAAAAUUCGAAGAAUUCAAAGUUGACAGAAGUGUAUAUGUUGUCGACGUAAGUCAAAGCUUGCACUUCCAACAAGUCUUCAAGACAUUGGAAGUCCUUGGUUUUGAACAAGCUAAGAAGUGUAAACAUUUAGCUUAUGGUAUGGUUGUUUUACCUGAUGGUAAAAUGAGUAGCAGAAAGGGUAACAUUAUCUAUUUCAGUACUCUUCAAAAGUCACUCACCCAAAAUAUUACUGACAACUUUAUGUCCAAGUAUGAAGGUGAAUGGCCAAAGGAAGAAAUUGAAGAAACUACCAGAAAGAUUGCCAUCAGUGCCAUCAAAUAUGGUAUGCUUAACCAAGAUAACAAUAAGGAUAUUACCUUUGUUCUCAAAGAAUGGGCUUCAAAGUCUGGUAACACUGGUCCAUAUCUGAUGUAUGCUUAUGCUAGAGCUGUUUCCGUUGUUAACAAGAUUGGUUUGGAUAGCAGUGUCACUAUUGACUACUCAUUAUUAACUGAUGAAACUGAAAGAAAGCUUUUGUCAACAAUUCUCCAAUAUUCAAUUGUUGUUGAAAGAGCUGCUGAACAAUACAAGCCACAAUUGCUUUGUAUCUUCCUCUACAAUCUCUGUAAGCAGUACAGUAAGAUGUAUGAAGCUGUCAGUAUCAGAGAUGCUGCUACCCCAGAACUCAAACAAACCAGAUUGAGAUUAGUUGCUGGCUUCGCAAAGGUUCUCAAACAUGGUCUUGGAUUGUUGGGUAUUUCAACUGCUGAGAGAAUGUAA